UCGUCUUCCUGUUCAGCAGCCGCUCUCUUCCUCUCCGCUACCAGACUUCAGUCACCAAUCGAUCAAAAAUGACGAAGAGGACAAAGAAGGCUGGAAUUGUUGGAAAGUAUGGUACACGCUAUGGUGCCAGUCUGCGGAAGCAGAUUAAGAAGAUGGAGGUUAGCCAGCAUAGCAAAUACUUGUGUGAAUUUUGUGGAAAGUACGCUGUGAAGAGAAAGGCGGUUGGAAUCUGGGGCUGCAAAGAUUGUGGCAAAGUUAAAGCAGGAGGAGCAUACACAUUGAAUACUGCAAGUGCUGUGACAGUCAGGAGCACAAUUCGGAGGCUGAGGGAGCAAACCGAGAGUUGAUCUCGAGUCAGAUUUUCUCAUGCUGAUUGUAGUUCUUUUCCCAGUUUUGCUGAAUAUGUGGCUGUAAAAACAGCUGGUUAGUUGUCAACCAACUGUUGGAGCUAGAUUUUGUUAGACAAAAUUUCUGUUAUCUUACCAUUAAUCGAUGUUGAAUUACUAUUGUGCAAUUAAAUGGUUUCACGAGGUGGCUUUUGGAAUUCUUAUUUUCACCUUUGUGAUGUGUACUGUAGCUGUACUGUUGACAAAACUACCGCGUGAAAGCAA